AUGGAUUCGAGUUUCAUCUGUGCUCUUGUCACUCCUGUGGUGAACAAAUGGUUUGCUGCCGUCACGGGAUCAGAGAGAUCACUUCGCCAAAGAGAAGAAAUCCCUUUCAGCAAGGCUUUACACCCCUCCGGCAGCAAAUAUUACUACCCCACGAAGUCGGCCCGCCUAUUCAUCGGAGUCAAUGAGGGAGAGAUACGUCUGCGUACCAACGUGCCCGCCCUCCUUCGUGAGAAAUGGUGCUGUUCCGUCACCCCUAACUCUCUAGCCAGUCGACGCCGCCCUCAACUCGAUGCUCGACUCAAUACCAGGCCAUCCUUAGCCCCAUCGCUCGUGCUAGAGAUCCAUAACUUGGUGUUCACUAUCUCUAUCGAUGACGUCUGUUGGACUACGAGGAGGACCAAACCAAUCUUCCACACCUCGAGAUUCCUCUCAGUUGCACGUUCCCGGUUACCGUCUACUGCUGCCAGGCCUCACAUUUUCAUUUACGGCGGGAACUCACGCAAAUACUCGGUCGUUCAUUCCGCGACCGCAGUUCUCGAGAUGGCGAUAUCGGAUUUCACUAAAAUGCUUUUCGGAGAGGGUACCACAGCAGCGAGCGCAUUUGAAGGAAGCGAAGCUGAAAGAUGA